CUUGAAUUCCAACGUCGAGUCCUAUCCAACUCUACGCGUCAACAGCUAUCAAACUCAAACGCGCAGCAGCCAUGGAUUAUCAGUCGGUAUGGCUUGAAAUCAAGGAAGACUUCUUCUCCCAGACAGACAAAUCCAAGUAUCCAGAAUACACCGCUCGCGAUCUUGAGCGUCUAUUUGAGUUCUUCAGCCAAGAAGCCAACAACGCCUUCCCUAACGAGACAUCACCGGAUCAGCAAUGCAGGGCCGAGUACAAUGUAUGGCGCAUUAUCUGGUCGGAAAAGGAGGCUCCCCCAUUUCCAGGAGUCAUCCCAGCCGGACUCGAGGUCGAUAUCUGGAUGAACCCACCCUCGUAUCUUGAAAAUGAGGACAUAUGGUCUACGCUUGCGACCGUCGGAAUCACAAACGAGAACGAGGGCACGGAAGACGAAGACAAGCAGGAACUUUUUGCUGCUUCGGGCGUCAACCACAAUACAAAACAUGAUUGGUCUAUUGGACUCUACAAUGACGGAUGCCCAAACUGCUAUGCACGCGACCAUAAGGAAUUCGAGUGCCGAAAGACUUGCCAACAAUGUUCGGGACCACACACUAUCAGUGAUUGCCACAUGAGCCAGAAUAGUGAGUGGGGCAAAGAAGCAUUGAAGACUGAGGAGCCAGACGUGGAGGACGAAGUCAAGAUGCUAAAGGAGCGCAUUCGAGAGCUGGAGGACGAGGUCGCUUUGUUGAAGACAACGAACACGGUACCGAAAGCGGUUGUCAUAAAGAGGGAACGAGACGAUGAUGGCUAUGAUGGCUAUGAUGGAUAUGAUGGUCAUGACGCAGAAAGUCACAAGCGUGUGAAGAUGGAGUCGGGUUAUGAUACAUGA